AUGGCGGAGGAGCGCGUGCAUGCUCUAGAGCAGCAGAUGAUAGCGCUGGCCCAGGAGCUGCAGAACCGCCAGCAGAGGGAGAACGAUCUCACGGCUGAGGUGCAGCGGCUCGGCCGUGUGGCCGAGGCUAGACCACGGGUGGACGGGCCUGUGCCGCAGCCUCGAGCCGAGUCGCUCGUGGACACCCGCGCGCUGGGCAAGCCAGACGUGUUCACGGGCGAAGAGCACAAGUGGAACGAUUGGAAGGUGAUCUUCAAGGCGCACUGUGGCGUCGUGAACGCCGACUUGCUGGCAGGGAUGCGACUGGCAGAGAGCGCUGACGAGGCCUCAGUUCAGAACGAUGACUUCCUCGAGGAGAACAUGGGGCAGGCCUCGCAGCAGCUGUAUUACAUCUUGCUCCUCCUCUGCCGGCAGCAUCUCCUGACGACGAUCGUGAAUGCUGGCGAGAAUGAGGGCUUCCAGGCUUGGCGCAAGCUGGUCGAAUACUACGAACCGAAUGCGAGGUCCCGCAUCGCGGGGCAGCUGCUGAAUCUCUUGAACUUCUCGUUCGCUGGCGAUGUCGAGGACUGGCUGGCGCUGUUCGAGCGAGAGCUCCUCAGGUACGAGCAGAGGAGCGGCGAGGCCAUCACAGCCUCCAUGAGGAUCGGCAUCGUCCUUCGGCAGCUCGAGGAAGGCCCUCUACGCCAGCACCUCUUGCUCAAUGCGACCAGGCUGGUGGAGUGGCCAGACUUCCGACGUGAGGUCACCGACGUCCGCCGUGCCCAGAGCGCCAUCGCCCCGCAUGGAGCAGACGCUGGCUCGCAUCAACGCCUCCCAGUCGACGAGUACGACCGUACCAUCGGCGGCCAGCUCUAUUUCGACGGCUGCGACUACGAGGCUGAGUCCGGUGACGGCGAUGUCGCAGCGCUCUACCUGAACGACGCGGACGAGCAGGUCAGCUACCCGUUCGCGAACCUCCACUCCCUCAGCAUCUACGACCCGGGGCCGGACAAGGCGGACGCGGUCGAUUCUGCGACCCGCGUGGCCCUGGACCUGAACAUGAUCCACGGCAACUCGGAUGCGGAGGAGGUCGAGCUCAACGGCAUCUUGCGUGUGGGCAUCGACUCGUGUGCGGCGGCAUCGGUGCUGCCGCGUGGCUCGUGUACGGACUACCCGGUGCACGAGGGCGGCCAGGCGAUCUCGUACACGACCGCCUCUGGCCACUACGCGAACGACGAGGGCGAGAAGAUCCUCGUGGGGACGAUGCCUGGGGCUUCUCAGGCACGCGCUGCCAAGUUCAGGGUGGCGGACAUCAGCAAGCCGUUGCUGAGCGUCGCGGAGAUGGUCGACUCCGGCCAUCGGCUCGUCUUCGACUCGGAGGGCGGGCAGGACAUUAGCUACGCGUGCCACCAGACCAGCGGAGACGUUGUCAAGUUCUGCCGCAGGAACAAGGUCUACGAGAUGGAUAUGCACGUCGACCCGUACGUGCCGGAGGUCUGCCCGUUCGAGGUGGCAGGCCACGAGCCUCCCGAGGGUGAAGCCGGCCAGCCAGGCGCGGCUCACGAGGAGGUCGCCGAGGGCCCGCCGGUACGGCCGGCGAGGGAGCCCGCAGCGCCGACGGCGGCCGAGCGAGCCGCGCACGAGGUGCUGCACGAGCCCUACAGGGCAUGGUGCCGGGAGUGCGUCUCCGGCAGAGGCCUGUCCGCAGGCCAUCAGACGAAGGACCACCAGGAGUCGGCGCUCGCGGUGGCUGGCAUCGACUACGGCUACCUCGGUGAACGAGAGGACGCCGCGCCGCUGCUGAUCGGGAAAGAUUCGAAGCAGCAUUGGUUCCACGCGUCGGCGCCGCUCGUCGCCCUGAAGACCCGCAUCGGGGCCAAGCUCAAGGAGGAGUACGGCAUCGAGACGGUGCCCGAGGAGAGCGCGGUCGGCGACUCUCAGGGCAACGGCCUGGCCGAGCACGCGGUGCGCGAGGUCAAGGCCAAGGUGAGGACGGUGCGGGCGCAGGUGGACGACCUCCACGGUGUGAGCAUUGGCGUCGAGCACCCAGUGACCCCGUGGAUGGUCGAGUUCGCAGCCAUGUCCAUCAACCUGGGCAGGCGGGGUGCUGACGGCCGCGCGGCUUGGGAACUUCGGCGCGGCCGCCCCUUCAACAAGGACCUGGCUUGCUUCUCGGAGAAGGUCCUGUAUCUCCCAGGGGGCAAGCGCAAGGCUGGGAUCGAGGACAAGUUCCUCGCUGGGCUCUACCUGGGGCCCACGCUUCGGACGGGCGAGGUCUACAUUGGCACGGAGUUGGGCGUGCUACGGGCCAGGACCUUCAAGCGGUUGACGGUCGAGCAGCGGGCCGACAAGGACCUGCUGAACAGCCUCGUGGGGAAGCCGUGGGCGCCGGCGCCGACGGACGUGGAGGUGGAUGAGGUACCGGUGGCCAUCGAGAUCCGAGCGCCGGUGCCAGCGCCAGUCGCGUCUUUGGGUGGACCUCUGGCGCCCAUCCCCGAGGCUGGGGACCUCCCGCCCCGGGCUCUCCGAGUCGGGCGGCCACCAGCAGGACCGCGGGCCGUCUACAUCAGGAAGGACGUCGAGAUCGCGAAGUGCGGGCUCUCCCCGGGCUGCCACGGCUGCGCCGCGAUCCUCAACGGCGCCCGGGCGCAGGCUCACUCAGCCGAGUGCCGCGCUCGGAUCGAGCAGGCGAUGCAGGACGACGAGGAGGCAAAGCAGAGGCUCGAGGAUGCCCGUGAGCGGAAGCGGCAUCGCACUGACGUCGCCGGGCCUGUCUAUCAAGAGGGCGGCUCGUCAGGCAGUGGCGGUCCAGCCCCAGCUCAGCAGGUGCCGCCAGCGCCCGAGGCCGCGGCGGCGGCUGACGUGGCGAUGGCUCCGGCACCACACGACCCCGGCGACGACAACAUGCAGGAGGAGAUCGGUGCCCUCCUGUUCUCUCUCGGCUACAGCGGGCGCAAGGCCGACGUGAUGGAGGUCUUCUGCCCGAAUAGGCUUGUGGGCUUUGCCCCCCUCUUCGGUCUGGUCCACGGCGGCUCGUUCGACCUGAGGGUUGGCUGGGACCUGACCGACCGCCAGCAGCAGCGACAGUGCCGGGAGCUGAUCGAGCACUUCGAGGUGUAUUUCCUCUUGGGCAGUCCUCGCUGCGCGCCGUUCUCCAUGCUGAAGUACCUGAAUGAGGACACGGAGAAGCAGCGUGAGGCCUACGCCAUCGGGUACGAGCACUUGAGGUUCGUGAUGGAGCUCUACACGCUGCAGGUGAAGCACGACCGCACGUUCUUGCACGAGCAUCCCUGGGGCGCGGACAGCUGGGACCUGGACGUCGUGAAGGAUGUGAUGGCUCUCCCGGGUGUCGAGGUCGGGCGAGGCGACCAGUGCGUGUUCGGCCUGGUGGUUGCGGACGCGCGCGGCGACAGGCUCGCCAAGAAGCCGACAGGGUGGAUGAGUAAUAACAAGGAGGUGUUGGAUGAGGUCUGCAAGCGCUGCCCCAAUGAUACUGGCAUUGGCAGCCGCCACGAGCAUUCCACCUUCGUCGGCCGCAACAUGCGUGUGGCGGAGAGGUGCCCGGUCAAGCUCCUCCGCGCCAUCCUCCGUGGCCUCCGCCGUCACCUUAGCAACAAGAAGGUGCUCGCGCUUUCGGCCCUGGAUGCUGGGCCGAACGUGGGCGAUGAGGAGAUCAGCCUGAAGGACUUCGUCGGGAAGUGGCGCGACACGCUGAGGACCGAGUUCUACGACGACCUCACCGGCCUCCCGCUGGACCCCACGCGGGUGAAGGCCGCGAGGCGCCUGGAGAUGGAUUUCAUGGCGCAGCUUGGCGUGUGGGUCUACGCGAGGGAGGAGGACUGUCGGCGCGAGCUUGGGCGGAGGCCUCUCAGUGUGCGCUGGGUUGAUAUCGACAAGGGCGACACCGACCGGCCGGAUUACAGAUCCAGGCUCGUCGUGCGGGAGACCAAGGCGCAGAGCACCAUCGCCGGGGACGACAUCGGCGCGGUGUUUGCGGCGACCCCGCCGCUAGAGUGCCUUCGGCUCAUCUGCGGCAUGGCGAUGUCGAGCGACCCGUCCGAGGGCCGCGUGCUGCGCUUCCUGGACAUCUCGCGGGCGCACCCGCACUGUGAGAUCAAGAGGACGGUCUACAUCAAGCUUCCAGAGGAGGAUCCGAUGUCGCAGGAGAUCGGUACGUGUGGGCUCUUGCGGAAAGCGCUCUACGGGGCGCGCGACGCUGGCCAGAACUUUGAGCUCGCGACUGCCGAGACGGUCAUCGGUGCUGGCUGCGACCAGUCGGCCUUCUCGCCUUGCGUGUACUGCCACAAGGACCUCCAGGUGAGCUUCUUCCACCACGGCGACGACUUCGUGCUCGAGGGCUCUCGGGACGGGACGGGGUCGAUCUGCGAGGCCCUGAAGACGAAUAUCAUCGCGAAGGACAGGGGCGUGCUCGGGCCGGCGCCUACCGACGCAAAGGAGAUCACGUGCCUCAACAGGGUAAUGCGCUGGCGAGACCGAUGGUGCCAAGGGGGCAAGGCCAUCGAGUACGAGGCGGAUCCCAGGCACGCGCAGAUCCUGCACGCGCAGCUUGGAAUGGACCCCCGCACCACGAAGUCAUUGAGCACGCCAGGGCUGAGCCAGAAGCUUACACCUGAGGUCGAGCGCGAGCUGAACGAGCACGAGGCGGCAGAGUACCGCAGUGCGUGCAUGAGGCUGGGCUACUUGGCGCUCGAUCGGCCAGAGGUGCAGUUUGCGGCCAAGGAGUGCGCUCGCGGCAUGCAGAAGCCGACAGAGCGACACCUCCGCCUCUUGAAGCGCGCUGGACGCUUCUUGAUCGGGGCGCCGCGGGCCAUCUGGAAGUGGGGCCGACAGCGGGCACCCACAGUGAUGGACAUCUAUUCGGACACCGGUUGGGCAGGCUGCCCGAUCACGCGGAGGAGCACCAGUUCAGUCGUGAUCAAACAUGGGCAGCACCUGAUCGUGACGGCAUCGACGACUCAGAUCCCCAUCUCCAUGAGUUCGGGGGAGGCUGAGUUCUACGGCUGUGUGCGGGCGGCCAGCAGGGCCAUCGGCAUGCAGUCACUGUGCCAGGGCCUAGGCAGGGACGUGAGCCUUCGCAUCUGGAGCGACUCGGCAGCUGCUCUUGGCAUCAUGCAACGACGAGGCUGCGGCAAAGUCCGACACCUCGAGACGCCGACGCUGUGGGUGCAGAAGGCACUCAAGGACGGACGGUUUCAACUAGCCAAGGUUCCCGGGAAGUCGAACCCGGCGGACCUGGGGACGAAGUUCCUCGACCAGGCGGCGAUGCUCCGAGGGCUGGGGAUGAUGAGUGUCACGCUCUCGGACGCGCCCCUCUCGAGUGCCCUUCAGGCGAAGGUCUGA